UCGAUUUCCGAUGAACUCCGAAGGGAAAAUGUCACCUUGUGAUGAUAUUCGGAAACUGAUGCCCCCGACGAGAAAUCAUCGGCAUAAACAAUUAUGAAUGAAUAGCGAAGAGUGUUGCUUGUGGCUUGAGGUAACCAGUUGAGUUGCCCAACCGGGAGAGUUCAGCGAGAGAAGAUUCAAGAUAUCAUCGCACGCGCAUCGGGAGAGAACUUCAUGGGAAGUGAGAGAUUGUGAUAAAAAGGAAGGCAUCGCUGGAAAUCGGAAUACUUGAGGAAAUAUGGCCAACACUUCGCCAGCCUAUGUGAUUGCACCUUCAACUCGGACCGUAAUUAUCGGAGUGGACGACAGCUGUUUCUCGGAAUAUGCCUUCAACUUUUACUUGACCCACGUGCGAAAGACCGGGGACAAUAUUGUGUUGGUGCACGUUCCCGAGUUCCACGGGGUGAUCCAGGCACCUGCCAUGCUUACGGACCCGGGGGUAGUGCACGAACUGGUGAAGGAGGAGGAAAUUCGAACGCGACAACUGGUCCACAAGUACUCCGAGAAAAUGAAACAAUUUGGCCUCGGAGGAAAGAUGAAACAAAUGACUGGAAAAGUGGGAGAAUCCAUUAUUGAGACGUCCAGAGUAGAACACGCCGAUUUGAUUAUAGUUGGGACCAGAGGCAUGAGUAAGGUCCGGCGGACAUUCUUGGGGAGCGUCAGUGACUACCUUGUCCAUCACGCCAAUGUACCCGUGCUCGUGUGUCGUCAUAAAGAAUUCGACGCUCAACACGACCGCGUGCACCACCACCACCAUCAUCGAUGACGUCACUUCACCGGAAGCAGAAACUCAUUAUUUUUAGACGACAUGUUUUUUUUCUUCAAACUGUGAAGAGAAAGAAAGCGCUCUUAUUUAUUGUUUGUUAUACUUAAUACAUUUGUAGAAAUGGGUGCAUGUACUUAAAAACAUUAAUUAAAUACAUUGUAAACCGUUGUGUGAUUUCAAAAUAGAUACUCAGUGUAUGUUUUCCCCCUAUUCUUCAUUAUUGAUUGUAAUUCAUGCUUGUAUGACUAAACAGAAAUCUACGCUAUCCAGAGAACGCCGGCCUAUCUGUUGGCCAAGAAAGAUACGCAUAAUUUUAAUUUUCAAAAACUGUUGAAGAUGCAUUGUUUACCUUUUAAAUUGUCAACAUAAAUGGUCAAAUUGCUAUGAAUAAUAAAAAAAUUUUUUUAUAUCGAUCGAAACGAAAGCUUCAUUGAGAACAUGAAGUCCACGGACUCGCACGGACCGACCUUAGUCUUCGAAGUAGACUGUAGCUACCAUGGAAACCUUCACAUGUAUCGAAAAUCAUUCUCCUGUUAAAUUCACAGAGCAAUUAUAACGAGACCUUAAAUUUUCGGAGAGGUGAAGCUACAAACAACAUGCAGCAGCUCAUCUCAGAGAGUCGGACACGUCUUGUUGAUAUCAAUUUACCCAGACUUAAUGGCCGACAAUGCAAUAGACGAGCGUACGUCACAUUGCUGUUUGACACAACAUCACGAAGUCCAAGGUCUUGUUAAAAUGGUUGUAAAUGUAAUUGUAUCGCUACUUUCAUUACUUUCGUAAUCAGUGAUACUGAUAUAAUCUUUUAAAUGUCUGUUUGAUUUGUACCUUUAAUCACAACUAUUAGGUUCAUGUAAAAUAUACAAAAUGCAUUACAUGCAGUGUAAUAUGAUCAUUUUAUUUCAGAUUCAAAGAUGAUCACAUAUGUAUCUUAUUAAUAUUCAAUAUUUAGUUUUGAAAGUGAA